GUGGUGAAGACAUAUAUAAACCAACUUGGUUUGCUUACGAAAUGAUGGAGUCUUUUUUACUACCAGACGACUACCGUAAGAUCGUUCGCCUAUUCCGAGAGGAAGAAGUGCCUCAUCACACUUUUCCUCUCCCUUCGGAACGGAACAUCCAUGCGGUGGUUCGAGGAGUUCUCGUCAACUUUUCGGAUACUGAGAUUAAGGGACAACUGGAGCAGAGGGGAUAUAACCCUCUUCAUAUCAUUCGAUUGAAGCGCAGUGGCGGCGCGCCCAUGCCUUUGGUGGUCGUGAUACUGCCCAAGACUGAAAAGUCUCAGCAAGUGUUCAACGAACACGAACUGCUGGGACUGGCCAUUCGAGUUGAGCAAUCACAACAAAAUGUUGUACAUGAAGAAACGGACGAGACAGAGGAUGACCAUACCGAUACGGUCACUACACCAUCCCGACCAUCGACAUCUACUAAUAAACGUCGUCGCCCUGUUAGUGAAACGGCUGAAAAGCAAAUGGCCACAGCAUUCGAACAACUAACAAAUGAUAUAAGACAAAGGCGAACUGAAUGUAGACCAGCUCACGAAGACGAUGAUUGCGAUUUAUACGCAAAGCUAUUAGCUAUAAAGCUACGCGAACUGCCAAAUGAUGAACGAAAACUUAUUAUGUACCAAAUAGACGGGUUGUUUAUAAGUAGAAUCAACCAAAGGUCAUACGCACGUCAUACACCAUCCCCUCAAUAUUAUUCUAGACCUUCAUCAAUGGCCACCACAUAUGCACAACAUACGCCAUCUACUCAAUUCCAAGACAUUCCGAGUCGGCCAACAUCAGUUAAUACCGUUUAUUCUGAACCUGUCCAAACACUCAAAGAUUUUUUCCAUCCAUGCAAACCUCUCAUUCAGAGCCCUUCUCAAACAUAA